GAAAAGUGCACACAGGAAGAGGUGUUGACGCAGAUUGUUGCUGUCAACAGCACUGAUCAAGUCAACGGCGACUUCAGACGCCACAAAGCCCCCCAGCUGAUUUUGAGCAGCGUCACAUUCACGGACUCUGGCCACCACUCUGCGGAAGUCCCAGCUUCGUGUGUGUGUGUGUGUGUGUGUGUGUGGCACAGUCGAGACAUCACCGUGCAGCGUGCGAGUGGGUGCGUGUAGCGCCGUUCUGCAGUGUACGUGAUGUCGUCAGAGCUGCUGGUAGAUUUGGGCGAAGACCCCGCGACCGCACAGUUGGGACAACUGAAGCUGACCACUAUAGAGGACCAGCAGUGGCCCGCCGAUGAGUCGACUCUCAGCAAGUCGGAGACAGAUCUCUCCCAGCGCUUUGAUGCCGGCUCCCCCCACCUGCCCUGGGACCAUCCUUUCUACGACAUCGCCAGGCAUCAGAUCAUUGAAGUGGCAGGUGAUGAUAACUUCGGCAGGAAGGUGAUAGUGUUCAAUGCAUGCAGGAUGCCGCCACAGCACCAGCUGGACCACCACAAGCUGCUGAUGUAUCUCAAAGGAACACUGGAUCAGUACGUCGAAAGCGACUACACUCUGAUCUAUUUCCAUCAUGGGCUGACCAGUGAAAAUAAACCGUCACUCAGCUGGCUACGAGACGCUUACAGAGAGUUUGACAGAAAGUAUAAGAAGAACAUCAAGGCUCUGUAUAUCGUCCAUCCCACCAUGUUCAUCAAGACCCUGCUGAUCCUCUUCAAACCAAUCAUCAGUUUUAAGUUUGGCAGGAAGAUCAACUAUGUGAGCUAUCUGAGUGAGCUGGAGGAUGUGGUGAAGUGUGAGCAGCUGCUCAUUCCUGCCCGCGUCAAAGAGUACGACAACAAGUUGAGAGCGUCUCUGAAACCGAGCGCCCAGCCUCCCAUGUCUCCUCCUCACAGCCCUCCCCUCCCCAACCAGGUGUUUGGAGUGCCACUUGCAAUACUCAGACAGAGGAGUUCAGAGGAUGAUCUAGUUCCCGUGGUGAUGAGAGACACCAUUGGCUUCCUCUCAGAGCAAGGUUUGGAGAUUGAAGGGAUCUUCAGACGGUCUGCCAAUGUGACUCUGGUAAAGGACGUCCAGGUCAGAUACAACUCAGGUAUGACAGUGGAUUUCAGAGAGAUAGAAGACGUCCACUUGGCUGCUGUGAUUCUGAAGACGUUCCUGAGGGAGUUACCUGAGCCUCUGCUCACCUACCAGCUCUACAACGACAUCGUCAACUUCACCUCUGUAUCCAGUGACAGCCAGGUGGAGCAGAUGAAGAUGCUGCUGGAGUCGCUGCCAGAGGAAAACUAUGCAUCACUCCGAUACCUCAUCACAUUCCUGGCACAGGUAUCAGCCAACAGCGAAGUGAACAAGAUGACCAACAGCAACCUGGCUGUGGUGUUUGGUCCUAACCUGCUCUGGGGGCGGGACGCCGCCAUGUCACUCAGCGCCAUCGGGCCAAUCAACAACUUCACCAGAACCCUGCUGGACCAGCAGCAUCUGGUCUUCACCUAAACCCCGCCCCCUCUACCCUGCAGUCUCUCUUCCAGUCAGAAACACCCUUUCCCAUUUAAACACUAUACACUCUCAAAAGAUCCCGUGGACCAAUCACAUUUGAGUUAGUCUCCCACCAGUCCCUUAAACAGUGUUGUUAAGUCAAACGGUAUCGACGUCUGCUAGCUGGCCCGCAUUUCCAUUACCAUGUGAUUUCAGGCAUGUGGGUGGAACACAGCAGCCAAAUAACCCUCAGUAAACAACUUAUAGCACAAAAUUCAGCAUCCAUUCACACUGGGACACGUUGGUCGGACUGUGGAGAGCAAAGCUGAGAGAUUUAACCUCAGUGUGGCGAAGUCUGUUCGGCAAGUCAUGGAUUUUUGCUAGAUUACGAGAUGAUAUGAGGUAAAAGAUCCACUCCCUGAGUUUUUGUUAUUCUAGUCGCUUUGGUGAAGCGCCAAAAACACUCCUACAUUCCCCAUAAUGCAGCUUGACAGAGUCUUUCACCUGACCCUGCCUGCCUGGUAAACCCAGUCUUACUGUCUGUAUCUUUCAGGACGUAAAGGUAAUUUAUCGAUUAUGUUGAUCCCAGUGUGAAUGCAUGCACAACCUCGGCUGCGGUACAGUCCCAUAGAACAUUUCUGACUCUUCCACCACCCCUUUACACCCAACACACCCUCGAGAACUUCCAGUCCUAAGUGCAUGUGUUAAUAGUAUUUAAGUGUCUCAGGCCGACCUGAACACACUCUGGUUCUCAUCUCUGUAGGGAGAUUAAUAGCUGUUGGACUUAGACGUCCCCAGUCUGUCCCUGUAUACCUGUGCCGUGCUGUGUCCAGUCUGUCUCUCUGCUGUUUUCUAUGUAGUGCCAAAAAAAUACAAAACUGGCCUCCAGCUUUCACAGAAAGAGCAGGGUGAUAACACAUUUAGGAUAAUAACUACAGAUAAUGAAGCGGUGCAGUUACCAAAAGUCCCCUCUAGGAGUAUGAUCCCAAACUUAAAGAGAGAACAGAUGAAGAGAAUGGAGGUGGGAGUUUCCAUCUCCAUGAAAGUCUCAGGUUUAACGGUGAACUUGGUACCAAACGUUGUGGACAAUCUUUGAAAUGCUGUAAUUAUAGUAGAAACAGAGCUGUGUGAUUCUACCAGUAGAAACAGCUGUGCACGUAUGAAACGAGUGCUGGACCUGGUCUGAUAGGACCGAGGACCCGCUGCUCUGUAAUAUACUCUGUAAUAUCCUGAUAGUGAUCUGACUGAUAUCUAUGAUUCUUUAUGGCUCUCUCCUUACUAUAUUUGACUUUAACAUUGUAUUCAUAAUAUUCUCUUGGAAUUUCUACUCUAUUUUUCCGCGCAAUGAUAGAAUUAUCUUAACUCCAUUGUCGUUAUCUUAACAUGUGUCAUUGUAGUUCAUCAGAGAAGCAGUUUUUUAACGGUGUACGGUGAGGUCUAGUGUUCAGUAGCACAAAAACACAACUAAGAAUUAUAAUCAGAUACACAAACUGUUCAGCGUGUGCAGGGCUUUUAUUUUGCCAGUCCCAGUGUCCCCAUACUAGCGAGGUACUCUUUCCCCGAAUGUGCCGUUUCGUCGUCGUCUCCGGUUCAGUGGCUUCAGAAUUGUAUCUCUGCUUUAUGCAGAUGAUGUGGUUCUGUUGGUAUCAUCUCGCCGUGGCCUCCAGCAUGUACUGGGGCGUUCUUGAGCAUGAAGCAGUCAAGAUGAGAGUUAGAACCUCCAAAUCUGAGGCCAGGGUUCUCUGCCAGAAAACGGUGGAUUGCCCUCUCCUGGUUGGGGGAGAGUGACUGCCCCAAGCGUGGGAGUUGAAGUAUCUCGCGUUCUUGUUCACGAUUGAGGGUAGAAUGGAGCGUGAGAUGGAUCGGCAGUUUGGCGCGGGAUCUGCAGUGAUGCAUGCGAUGUGCCGGAGCGUCGAGGUGAAGAGGGAGCCGAGUCAAAAGGCAAAGCUUUCGAUUUACUGGUCCAUAUACGUCCCAACCCUCACCUAUGGUCAUGAGCUCUGGAUAGUGACUGAAAGAAUGUGAUCACGGAUACAAGCGGCUGAAAUGAGUUCCUCUAAAGGGUGUCUGGGCUCAGCCUUAGAGAUAGGAUAAGGAGCUCGGACAUCCAGUGGGAGCUCGGACUAGAGCAGCUGCUUCCGUCGAAAGGGGUCAGUUGAGGUGGUUCGGGCAUCUGAUCAGGAUGCCUCCUGGGCGCCUGAGGUGUUCCAGGUAUGCCCCACUGGUAGGAGGCCCCAGGGCAGACCCAGAAUAUGCUGGAGGGAUCACAUAUCUCAUCUGGCCUGGGAACGCCUCGGGAUCCCCCAGGUGGAGCUGGAAAGCUUUGCUGGGGAGAGGGACGUCUGGGGUGCUUUGCUCGGCCUGCUGCUCCUGCGACCAGGCUUCGGAUAAGCGGAUGUGGCCCUAAUCCAUGUACAUCACAAAAGUCUUCACAUUCCUGCUGACUGAGACGGUAUACAUUUAGCCUACUGAAAUUCUAGUGUUGUUAUGGAUACUGUUCAUUACAGGAAGUGCUUUCAUUGUACAUGUUACCGGCUUCUCGCCUUCAGGAUUUCUGCGUCUUGAAGUUUAAAGCAUUUUGAAACCGUUACCCAAAGGUGCCACACGUUCAGUGUUGCCUUGUGCAGCUUUAGUACUUUAUACUGGUUGUUGGACAGUGGUGUGAGUUAUUGUUGCAGUCUCUGUGUUGGGUAGUUAUUGUCAUUCAUUCCGGCCAGCACCUUUAGCACGAUCGCCUCAGUGUGCACUCUGUAUCAUUCAGUUUGUGUCUCAGUGCCCUAUCAGAGAAGGUUGGACACUGGCCAAACAUUGUACUUUCUGCAGUUGUGUUAUUUAUCUGUAGUCCUGGUUGUGUAACUGGUUAUUGGUCAGUCCAAACUGCCCAACAGCAGCGGCUUUAUAGAGGAGGGGACUCUUUUUAAAGUACAUGACCUAGCCUGGCCCAGGUUCUCUUUUUGUUGACUGAUUUCCUUGUUGUUUUAAGUUUUAUUUGAUGUAUUUUUUUUUUUUUACAAUUUCUUUUUCACAACCUCACUAAAACCAGUCUGAACUGUUUGUUUCUCUGGUUUAAACAAACACCAGGGUAAGACUACUCCCUAUAGUUUACUUUUAUUUUUAGUUGACGCUGUCCCACUCGAGUGUUGUCCAAGUUGAGUAUGAUCGUUUCUGUGUCAUUGGUGCAGGGUCCUCUGGUCUGGUCUGGUCUUUUUUAAAUAGCCACACAGGUUUCAGUGGAUUAUCUUGCCGCUACACUACAGGGGCUACUUGUGAGCAGUCAUUUGAAGGGAUACUUUGGCAGUUCUUGACCAGAUCUGUGUCAAUGUGGUGUGGGGAGUAGGCUUCGCCUUGUGCCAGAAGCUCCAGGAACUUCCCAUGAAACAUGUCAUUUUGCUUCACUAGUGAUGCUUCUUGCAUCGUCCAGGGGAUUGUGGCUGGUGGACGGGCUGCUGCUCAACUGCACAUAACGCCCCACAACACUGUGACAUAGACCUUGUUGAAAACUGGCAAAGUAUCCCUUUAUUAUCACUCAUCGAUUAUCCUAAAAACCAGUGAUGAGGAUGCUACAUUAGAGCUGUGCGGUCAUCGAAAGCCCCUUUCACACAUGCUGUUUAUCCUUGAAAUGUUCAGGAACAUUUCUUGCAUGAGCUCAUGUGCUAUUUCCCACCUCAAGACUAGUAACAUUUAAGCUUAAAAAUUCGGAUACGUCCGUAUUUUUGAAUCAAAGCAUUAAUAUUGCCGAGGCAAGCACUUACAUCGAUCUGACGAAAGACGCUUUCAUGUAGAGCAAGUGAGCCAGUCACUUUGCUUUUGUGGGUGAUUUGAUAAUCAACAACCAAAAAUAAAUACAUCAAAUACCUUACAAGAACACUGGCGUAGGCUAGAGGCAUCUUAGAGUUUAAGUUCGGUUAAAUGCGAAGAAUAGAUUUGGCUUCAGAGGCAAGCACUUUCCCGCAUUUUCCAACAUGUUGGACUGUUUUCAUUUAUUGUUCACUCAUUUUCUUUCAUUUAUUAUGACAUAAAGGCCAAAUAGUAUUUCAGCACUUAUCACUGUACUCUGUGGUGCGUCUUCAAGCUUUAUUGUCUUCAUUAUGUUCCCAAAGCCUUAAUUUAAAGAACCUUUUCUCAUGUUCUGCCAUCUAUCUCCAAAUGUAUCUCCCGUUAAGCUCUGCAUCUAUGUAAAAUGAAUAAAAAAAGAUUUCCGCUUGUCUAUUGUUGACUCGUGCAUGCUGUGAUGAAGGUCUGAUAGACUUGAAAAGGUGCGGAAAUCUUUUCUAUCAGUCUGGACUCAUUGAUGCUUCCGGCACCUUUGCCAAGAUUGAGCCGCUAAAAUAGUGUUGACGUAGAAUAAAAAAUGAAAAUAAUUAUUUUGAGUCGAGCAGCUCAGUGUACUUUUGACAUAGUUGUUAACAGGUAUGAUAUGUUAUACUGUACAUGACUUUGGCUGGAGGUCACAGGAACUGACCUUCAUGACCAUGAUGUCUCCUCUCUGUAGUCGUGCAGUUUAUGUAAAGACUCCCGGCCAAACGAUGCUGUCGAGUCUUUUAUUUUGUCAAUGGCCAAAAAUACUAUCAGUGGGUGAAUUUCAUUGUUGUUAUGUUGCUAUGGUACUUAAUAUGAUGUGACUGAAAAGCACCAAAAGAUCAGAGAUUUAGUUUGACUGAAGCUGAAAGCUAAAAAAAAACAAAAAACAAAAAAUCUCAAAUGUUUACCUGUCGUAACUCCCAGUCAUGUCAAUACCACGGAAAUUGACAUGCUAUCGGUGUCUAUUUGGGUGUGUGUGUAGGUGUAAAUGCUAACUCAGCUGGACCCAGUAUAUUUGAAAAGACAAAAUAUUUCUGACUGCUGGGGUUUAAAUAUAUAUUAGCAUAACUAGGGCUCCUGUCAGUUGAGACGUGUGUGUAUGUGUACUUGUACUUAGUAGUGGUGGACCGAAACAUUUUAGGAACAGAGUGAGGACUUUUUGGAAAGUUAGGACUUUUUGGCGAAUCCUUAGUUCGUCAAAGGCCUGUUUGUGGGUAACAACUUGGUUUUAAGGUUCAGAUUAAUAUCAGGGUUAGGCUAGGGUAAAGCUUGGGGUUUGGCACUCAGUUGUGAAAGCUAAGGUUAGGGUAAAGGGCUAGGGCAUGCACCAUAUCACUGAAGGUCCUCGCAAAGAUAGAAGUACAAGAGUGUGUGUGCGUAUGUGUGUGUGUCCUUGAGCCUUUUUUGUUCCCCCAAGUGAUCAUGUGUUUAGCCAUCAAAGUGCCAGUGUGCCCGUUCUGCCAUAGAUUAAAACGACGCGAGGUGCGUUCAACAAAGCUUUAGUGUCUGUAUGUUACACACAGCAUGCUAACAGGCUGAA